AUGGGUGACGAUUUGUCACAGUUUUUUGCUAAGAAAUCUGCUAAAGUGAAAGAUAAGAAGAAAAAAGUAAAGCUGAGUGUCGAUGAAGUCGGUCAGGUUCUAGAAAGAAAAGCGAGACGGCAGGAAGAACGCGAUCGUGAAGAUGAGGAAGAAGAACGACGUGCCCAAGAUGAUGCUUCUUUUUUCGAUAAACGUCCAGAAGAUUCUGAAUGGCUUGAAUAUAAAGAUACAAAUAAAGAAAUUGCUCUUGAAGAACUCGGAAUUCGAGACAUGAAUCUAACUGAGCAAACUGAAGAAGCCAUGGAAGACGAAAAAGCAGCUACCAAUGAAGCCCCGAAAACGUGGAGUACUGCAGAGAAAAAGGAAUCUGAGGAAAUUCUAUCAGUGCCUAAAAAACAGACAACAGCUGUUUGGAAACCGCGUUGUUUGAUGCAAAAUAUUACCAGAGCGAGUGCAGUGCCAAAUAUUAACGAUCAAGAUUUAUUCCCAACUUUUGAAGCUGCAGAAAAAAUCGAAAAGCUAAAGAAGGAUGAUGAAAAGAGGAGACGAAAUGAUGGAUUUACAACAGUUUCAUUUGAUAGAGAUUCAUCAGGCCCUUGGACAAAUAAAGGAACUAGCAAUGCUUGGCAACAUGCUAGUGGUGGUGGUAUGUCAUCAUCGAAUGCUGAUCGUACCGCGUUGCUUUCAACAGUUAGACAAGUAACAUCAAGUGGGACACCAAAUCCAGUACCUCCGUCACAUCCACUUCAAACGAAUAACUCAAAUACUUAUAUUACUCCAAUACGACGACGCUUCCAGGGGAAUUUUACCAAAAAAAUGUCAUGA